AUGAGCUUCUUGUUUUCGCCAUUUUGCGCCUCCGACAGAACGGACACCGGUGUGGAGUACGAGCUCAUGCCGGACCCCAUCGCCAACGCCGACUACUUGCCUCUGCGCCUCAACCCGAGAGAGCGGAAGGUGCAGCGCCUGAUGCGCGGCAUCAUCAUGGCGUCGCACUACACCGACAAGGUUGAUAGUGAGGCUGCUCUGAAGAGCAACCGAAGAGAUAUAAUUAUUGCCAGGGAGAUUACGAAUGCCCUUAGUGGAUUCAUUGUUGCGUUGGACGUGGAAAAAGGAGCGAAACUCCUUCGCAACAAGGACUUUUCGCCGUUUGUGGAUGAGAUUCAGUCAUCAAUCGAAACGUGUAGGCGGUACAAGAUGAUGAAUCCCGAUUUUCUUCGCACAGACUACGUAAAGUUUCUCUAUAUGGUUCAAGACGCGGUACAAAAUGAAAAUGUGCGCAACAUAUUGGGUUUUUUGGUGGCGGAGGGACUCGUCACGGUGGGAAGCUAUUGCCGUUCUUUGGGGAUUGAAAGAAUGUUGCAGGACAAGCACAUGCCCCUUUGUAUUACACCGGUGCCUCUCAUAAAGAACAGGAACAGACUGAACAAGGCGCUGCGUCAUAAGGAUGUGACAGUGAAUACACUUGUAAAGGAAUACAGUAGGAUUUCUGGCCGAAGUCCUGACGAGGUGGAAACGGCGAUUCGGAGCCUCAAUGAUGCCAAUCACUUUGCUAAAGACAAUGUGGAAAGCACUAUUCAGCUCUUGCAAUUGCUAAAAGAGUUCUUUUCUCCAGAUGAGGCAACCUCUUCGACGAAUUUAAGCAUUGAGGAAGGAGAAAAUGGGAGCCGCCUGACCCAUAAUCAUAGGCGUCAGUACUAUUUCGUUCUGCAAAGCCUCUCACUCUGGAAAAACAUUUGUCAUCGCAUGUUUUCCCUGUGGACAAUUGCCGAAGAAGAUAUGUUGAAUCCCGAUGAACCGUAUGAGUUUCGGUACACCGGUCAAGGCUAUCAACGCGUUCAAAAGGCACCGAACCUCUACCGUGCCAUCUAUGAGGUUGUGCAACAAACAAAAGAGGAGCUUGGAGAUUGGGUGGGUUCAGAGCGUAUACACCUCGGUGAUGACCAGGUUCCUAACGCUUUCCAUUUUAUUGAUAAAUACGCUCAGGUAUCACGUAUAAUCAUCCCUAUCCUUCGGACCACAUCCUACAUUGAUACACUGGAUGAAAGUGCUGACCACAGUGCGUACAUGAAGGAGGUAUGGGGUGGUGCAGGGAACGCCAAGCGGGCCAUUCUGCGCGAUUUUUUCCGUCACGGCUUUGAUGGCAGUGGAGGGGACAAUAUGGACGACGCCGGCAGCUGUGUUGACGGUCGGUUGACUAGUGCGUGGAAUUGGUGCAAUAACAUUCGUUUGAAGCCCUUCUAUCCAUUGUUUCUGUUCGCCGGGUUUAGCUCCUUUGACGGAGAUCUUAGUCUUUAG